UGCAUUCAUUCUAUAUUGUUUUACGGAAUGUAGUACGACUUAAGGAACAGACUUUUUAAGGAAUUCUUUUUAGCCAAUCAACAAACCAGGUUUUAUCACGUUGGUCUGAUUAACCAAUCAAAAUUAACAAGCCAUUAAUCUUUGUUUACUUUGCGUGCGUGAAACGCUCGCUAAAAUUUGUCUCAUAAUUUUGGAAAAUACAGAAGUUUUGGAUAGAUUCAAGAUGAAGCCUGGAAAAAGAAAGGCAACAAAAGCCACUUGUUCAUGCUGCCCGCCGCCUCCAGCAAAAAACAGUACAAACAAGUCAAAAACUAGAGUUAAGAACAAUGUUAGUUCUACAAUAACCAAUAUAAAUCAAGUGCCAUCCACAUCUGCCAGGCAACAAUCACACACCAUUAACUUAGAUCAGGCCGGGCUUGAUGACAAUAUUUCAGCUGCUGACAAUAUUCAAGCUGCUAUAGAUAACAGAGACGAUCCCACGGGACAACAGCAAGUACAAAAUGCGGAAGAAGUUAUGCCACCUCUACUAAGUCCGCCUCAUAUCGACGAUGACACUUCAUCGGACGAGGAAUCCAUAGGGGAUGAUUUUCUAGAUGUUGUUAAUAAUCAUACUCAUUCUAUGUUGUCAGAUCACCAGAUUCCGGUCAUUAGCUCCUCACAUGGACAUACAACCAACAACAGUACCUUCAGACCUUCUCGUGCUUCAUUAAAUAAAUCAGUUUAUCAGUUGCUAGACACGGCACUGGCGCCUUCUACAAAAGCAAGCUACAAAAAUGCUUUACAGCGCUACAGAAUUUUUCAUAAUACUUAUUACCCAAAUGCUCAUUUAUUCCCAGUCUCAACGGAACAACUGGCCCAGUUUAUCACUGUUUGCCAACAUCGGGGUCUAAAACAUUCUACAAUAACCUCAUACAUGUCAGCAAUAGGUUACGUACAUAAGUUACAUGGCAUGGUCAACCCUUUAGAUUCUUUUCUUGUGAAAAAGCUCUUACAUAGCUUGAGACGUCAUUCUCAAACUGAUAAACGUCGUCCUUUUACUAUACAGCAAAUGCAUUCCAUUUUGAAAGUUCUUAAACGUCUGGUCUGCGACCGGUACACAUAUAUAUUAAUGAGAUCCAUGUUUUUAGUGGCUUUCUAUGGCCUUUUUCGAGUGGGUGAAAUAGCCUAUUCUACAAAAGGUUCAUAUAACAUAGUGCUACGGGAGAAUUUAUCUUUCGUAUAUAACCAAUCCCAGGUGCAUACACUACAUAUUACAUUGAAAAGUUACAAACAUUCGGCUGGUAAAACGGCUAGUGUCCCUGUUUCAAGGCAAAAUGAUAGUAGGCUUUGUCCAGUCAGAGCCAUGUUAAAUUACUUAAGAAAAACAUCUCACACUUCAGGUUUUCUUUUCAUUCACCAGUCUGGGUCACCAGUUACGACUUCCUUCUUCCGCUCUAUUCUAAAGUCUUGUGUUACCGCUUGUAAUCUCGACCCUUCACGAUACACAUCUCAUUCAUUUCGUAUUGGUGGGGCAACUCUUGCUCUUGACAACAAUAUGUCAAUUCUAAAUAUUCAAAGACUUGGCAGAUGGAGAUCAUCAGCUUACAAAAAGUACUUACGCCCUGCAACUGUACCUUUAUAUCAAGACCCUUAAAGAGAUUGUUUAUGAUCUGUCGGUUUUUAGGCAGCAGAUCUAGCUUGUAUACUCGAGUAAAAAAUCCGACUGUUUAAGGCGGCGGGUUUUUUAGCAUUAAUCAUUACAUUUCAUUGACCCACUAUAUUACUUUGGGAAGUCCGUAUAGAAUUAGUUCACAUAAGUCUGACAGUUAAAGGCUGCAGAUUUCUUAAUAACUAAUUUUGUCGAUCUCUUCGGUGUGCCAUUGCCUGCAAUGUUACAUGUUGCUAUAUAUAUGUUUAUAAAAUUAUUUUAAUGCCGACGGUUUAAGGCCGCGGUCAUGUGUUGUCAAUUUUAUGUAGAUAUCAUUACCUUAGCCUAGUCCAUCUUUUUAAGAUACAUGUAUUUGUCUGACGGUUUAAGGCCGCAGAUCUUUUAUUAGGUGAUUUACACAGUGUCAUAUUACUAUGUUGUUAACUCUAUAUUCUAGUCUUGCAAAUGUUUACAUAUGUUAGACUGUCUAACAUAGACUUUCUCAGUCUAGUCUUAUGUAUAAUUUUUUGAUACAAUAUUUACAAAUUUAUUGCUAUUUUGAUGCAUACUAUACCUUAUCAGUUGUGUUCAGUUCAGUCAUGUUAUGUAUAAUUUUUUGGAUACAACAUUUACAAAUUUUAUUUUAUUUUCAUGCAUAAUAUACCUCAUCAGUUGUGUUCAGUUCAGUUCAGUCAUUGUUUGUGUGUUAGGCUUUGUAUAUAUGGUUGCCUUAAUGUAAUAUAAUGUACAACUAGGUUUUUUGUCAUAAGUCCAUCUUAGACAAGUCACAGUAGGUCGUUCUGGGUGGGGUUUGUGGCGGUUUUUUCCACCCAGUUAUGUUUUUGUGAAAACGUUUUUUAGUUGCUAUAUAUUUUAUGGCAUUUAAUAAAUGCCCUAUUUUCAUUCAAA